UAGGAAUUCUAGGCUGCUGAGAGAGCUUGGACAGUUGCACAGAUUGCAUAUUAAGAGUGAAUUUCUACAAAGGAAAAACUGCUUCCUACUUUGUAGCUCCUCACCAAAGAGCGUAAGAUGAAUAAAAUUAUUGUCUACGAACAGGAAGACUUUAAAGGACUCCGUAAAGAAUUUACUUCAGAUGUUCCUGACCUACACAGCGUGGACUUUGGAGACUGCGUAUCUUCCCUCAAGGUGAUUGGGCAGCCAUGGCUGGCCUUCAGUGACACAGCCUACAAAGGACUGGCCCAUGCCUAUGAAGAAGGAGAAUAUAACCACAUCAGCCAAAGUGAUAGUAUUUCUUCUCUCCAGCUAGUGAGUGAAGACCUGGAACAUCCUCAGAUUACACUUUUUAACAAACCAGACUUUGAAGGGGUAAGCAAAAUAAUAACAGAGGAAACCAACCUGACUUAUGGGCAUUUCAAUGAUAAGGCAUCUUCCCAUACAGUCCAGAAAGGUGUCUGGCUCUUGUAUGAACAUGGAAAUAGAAAAGGCUGGCAAUAUGUAGCUCGGGAAGGAGAUAAAAUUCCUAAUUAUGAAUCUGUGUUUCAUUUUAAUAAGACAUGUUCCCACGUGUAUCCCCUUAAAGGUGGUCGGGCCACAAUCACAGCCAAAAUCUUAUGGGAUAGCAAGAAAGUAGAAAGUGAGAGGGAAGUAGUGAUUGAUGAGAUAAAAGGUGUUAACAAUACAGAUUUUGAGCAGACAUUUACCACCACUACCAGCAAAAUCUAUGAAUCAGCCACUAGCCACAGUUUCAAGUUAAAACCCUCUGGUCUUAAAAUAGAUGAGAGCUUCUACUUAAGCACUGAUCCAAGUACUAAUCUCUUGGUGGAAAAAGGAAGCAUAGACUCCACUGUCACCACAGACAAAGUUGAGGUGAUCAUGCCAGCCAAUAUCUCACCACAUUCAGAGCUCAACAUUCGUGUGAUCAGGAGGAUGGUCACUGCAUCUGUUCCUGUGGAACUAACCAUUACCAAGAAUGGGAAAUCAAAGACAGAAUGUGGAGAAUAUCGUAGUGUGUCAGGAAGCAACAUCAGUGCCAGAUAUGUUAUGAAGCCAGUUCAGAAGAAAGUAUAGUCAUUCAUCACCAAAACAAAAAAAAUGAUGCAAGUUAACGUCCUAUUGUCAUGUAGAAUAUCGAUAUAAUCAAGAAGGGAAUUACAGUUUCUGUGGAACAGACCAUUUUUCAGAAUGCAAGGUGAAGACAUGGAAUUAUAUACCCAUCUCCCUGCCUUCUUCUGAGUAUUUAACCAAGCCUCAUGGAUGUAAAGUUCUAUGUAUCUGAUGAAGUGAGCUCUGACUCAGGAAAGCUCAUGAUGAAACAACUUUUGUGAGUCUUUAAGGUGCUACCUGACUCCUGUCUAACUGCAGUAGGUAUUCUCACCAGCCCCAGAUACUUUUACCUUUUUUUCCACCUUUGUUUGUAUUUGUGCCUCGAUUAAGCAAACCAAAAAACUUUAUAUUCAUUUAUUGGUUGAGAGUAUUUCUGUGGUCAAGAAAGACUUGAAGGUUAAAAAAAAUCCCCUUUCAGUCCAUCCAUGAAAAGAGCAGCACUUGCAGUUUGGAAAAUUCAGCAUCCCUGAACAAUAUUUGUUGUAUGUUUUUUUUUUUAAUCAGCAAGGACUGCAGACCUUAAAGCUAUAAUGACCAAUGGACUUGAUCAGACUUUUGAUGGUGGUGAGCCUCUGAUACUAUUUGGGAUGGAAUAAGGGAUCUCAAUUUAUAUACAAAUUGGUAAUAGGAUUGUGUUGAAUCAUUAGAAUAUAUGAUGUGAUGUUUUUUGCUGAAUUUAAAGACACAAGCAGCUAUAGUAUAGUGAAAUAGUGUGAAGACAUCCACUAUUUGGGGAGAAUGCCAAAGAAAGUAGUUGCUGAGAGCUGUGGUGGGCAACAUGGUUGGCGGAAUGCCAGAAGCCUCCACAAUACUUUUGUGUGAUCUGCGGUUCUGCUCCUUAAAUCCCAGCAUUUUAAAUACUGACUCAGCAUCUUCAUGUUGCAGAAACUAAUUUGAAAAUGGGAUGACAAAAGGGGGGGGGGCACAGAAAUAAUUAAGCAAGUUUUAAGAAGCCCAAAGUUAUGAGUUCUAUGACCAGAUACAAACACUUUUCAAGGGCUGAUUUUAAUUUUCAUGUUGUAGAAGUACAUGUCUACUGUAUUCAGACAUCUGCUAUGUUAACAGAAUAAUAUGCUAAUUAUCGCUAAUCACAUGUAAUCAAAUUUAGCAGAUUAACUGUGGCUGACUGACAUGUUUCCAAUGUGUCCUUUAUGGUUAAACAAACUGUUCAUCUCCCAGACCAUUGGUCCAUCAAGGUCAGUAUUGUCUACUCAGACUGGCAGAAGCUCACCAGAAUGUCAAGUACAGGUCUUCCAUAUCAUCUACUGCUAGUAACUGGAGAUGCCAGGGAUUGAAUGUUGGACCUUCUGCAUGCUAUGCAGAGGGUCUUCCACUGAGCCACAACUCCUCCCUGUUUCUAUUGUUUUUUAUUUCUUUACUUUAGCAUUAUAUAUUGGGUUCUA